ACGGCGGCGGGCGACGACGCGCGGCGGGAGCGAGGGAGCGACAGAGAGGGCGAGAACGCGCCAGCGUGCGGAGCGGGCGACCUUUGAAAUAACCGACGCGUACGUUUAUUAUUAUGCGAUAUCGCGGGUCGCGCGCGGCUUGACGGCUCGAGGCUUCAAGGUAGACGACGGGAAGAAAGCUAAGGGAGAAAAAUGCGGUGCACGCGAACCGACGUUUUCUGCUACCUCAUCGUGGCGAUUCUCGCCGUACUGUCGGCGCUCGGUCGUGCAGAGAGAGACAUCGAAGCGCACACGACGAGACCAUGUAACAUCUCGAAUCUUGCCGUGCAGUGUGGUACGAAUGAGAGGUGCGUAACCAGCAACGGCAAGCAGCAAUGCAAAUGUCAGCGAGAUUUCCACUUUGUUAAUAACGAAUGCGUUAGGAUUGCAUCAACGGUGGCGAGCGUCGACGUUACCACUCUUAAACCAGACCAGAGAUCCGAGUCGGAAGGAGGUAGCUCCGUAGCCGCCGGUCUACUAAUACCCACCUUCCUCAUAGUAGUCGGUGUACUGCUAUAUUUUGGCGCGAGACGAUACAAAUGGCUGCAACGAUUUCGGCAGUACCGUCACAAUCGUUACGGCAACGUCAUAGUCACGAGAGACGACGACGACGACGACGACGAUCCACCGAUAGCGUAAAAUGAUAAAUAUAAGAGAGAAUUAUAGGAAUGGGUAGGGCUCUCCGCGCGUGUACCAAAUCCACUUGAACGAAAA